ACAACGACCAAGUAAUAGUCAUUAGAAGCAAUAAUACAAGUAAUAGUACAAUAAAAUAUGUUGAACAUUUUAUUGGCAAAAAUUAUACAGAAGGAAAUGUUGAUAAUUCCGAAUUAUAUGCCGAAGAUGAUUUCAAAACUGAUCUUAAAAUAAGUAAUUUAACGGAAGUUAUAACCACCAACAUAAAUUCUGUUAAAGAGGCUCCAAAAUUCGAAGCAAUAAAAGGCAAUAAAGAAUAUUUGCAGAAUUAUUCGUCGAAUCUUCUAAUGGCAUAAUACAGACUUCUAUAGAACCUAAAAUAUACGAACAUAAUGCAACAGUAAACACCAAAAAAUAUUUUAAAAACUUUUUUACUAAGCGAAAUUUGCAACAAAUAUUAAUUACAACUCCAAAGAUGCUCUCAACUACCACAACUAAAAAUCCACGACUUUAUUAUAAAGAAACUCUUGCAAAUCGCUUACAUCCUUCUUUUACUCCCCAAACACUACCCCUGAAAGAAAAAUCUAAGCAUGAACAUUAUUCCAUUUCAAAAAAAAUUGUACGCAAUGCCAGCACAGGGAGUGCUAAUUUAAGUAACAUUAUAAAUCACGGUUCAGACUUGCCAUAUCAACCAACUUGGGAAAGUGUUCAAAAAAAUUUAAUGCGCUAUAAAAUUUCUAAUGGUAAUAUAUCCCAAAGUUCUAAAAGAUAUUUAAAUAGAGAAAGAACACCAUCACAUUCCGUUGCAACAAAUGAGGAAAAACAAAUUUCAACUGUGGAUGACAAUACGAAGGACUCUUUUUUUAACACUCAUGAGCAUAAACGGAUUCAUACACAAAGAAAUUCAUUUAUUAAUAAUGAUCAUAGUAUUAAAAUGGCUAACUCUAGUAACGGUCUAUUAUCAAACAUAUUACAAAUUCAUCAGGAGCAUGGGAAUUCCUCAGGAUUUUCCGAAUAUUCAGUUAUUGCCGGUGCUCAGGAACAACCUAUUUCCAGUGUUUUAGAAGAAAGUAACAAUAUGAAAUUAAAAAAUAGUUCCCAGAAAAAGUAUAUUAGUUUAGAAGAGUUUUUCAUUCGAAAAUUUGGUGAUAAAACAUAUACUCAAUAAUUAUUUUAAGUAUCAUAAUUUCGGAUUUUCAAAACUCAAAUUUCAUACAAUUAAAAAAUAUAUAUGUACUAGAUCCCUGUAAAAAUAAUUGGAGUACAUGGGUCAUUUUGGUAAACCCAAAACUACUUCCCUAGUAGUGCUGUGAAAUACAGGCAAUGGAUCAUUUCCUGCGUGGACCAUGUACUCCCAUAAUUUUAAUAUUCAGUUGUAAUGCAUGUGUGUAUUAAAUGGUCCUUAGAUUAGUUUUGGACCAGCCCCAGUCCUUU